AUGGUGGGGAAAAUAGUGGUUUCGUUAGUAUCCUUGAUUCUUCUAGUUGGUGUGAUAAUAGGAGUGGUGGUGGUUGUACACCAAAAUGGGAAUCACAAAGAAGAUCAAAGCACCAAAGUCCAAAUGAAGAAAGUGCACGAGUUUUGUCAAGCAGCUGAAUUUAAAGACUCAUGUGCCAAGAGUCUUGAGUCCGUAGCCAAAAACGAUUCAGCUACAAUUAAUGACUAUCUAAUGGCAGCCUUCCAAACUACAGUGGAAGAAGUGAAGAAAGGACUGCAGGAGGCUGGGAAGACUUCUGUAAACAAAGAGAGUGAUCCUUACAAUCACAUGGCUAUAGAGGAUUGCAAAGAGCUGUUGCAAAGAGCUGUCGAAGAACUUGAGGACGCGCUCAGCUUGGUUGGAGAGACAGACACUCAAUCACUAAAUGAGUAUACCUAUGAUCUGUUGAACUGGCUCAGUGCCGUCUACUCCUACCAAAGCAUGUGUGUUGAUGCAAUUGACAAGCCCGAGUUAAAAACCGCUAUUCAAAACGGCGUUGUCAAUGCCACACAACUCACAAACAAUGCACUCAACAUUGUAGCAAAGAUUUCAGACCUCUUCCAAUCCUUCAACAUUCAAAUUCCUGAUAAUCUUAUCAACAACAGCACCAGCAGCGACAGCAACUCACCUCAUCGCCGUCUCCUUGAGGCGAACAAGAUCGAUCAGGACGGUUACCCUACAUGGUUCCCCGUUGCUGACCGUAAGCUAUUGGCAAAAUCCGGAAAAGGGAAAGGAAAAGGACACGGUGGUGCUGCGGGAGGAGCUGGGGUUGCUCCAGUACUUCCUCCAAUCGGCCCCGGCCCAAUUACUCCUCACGCAGUAGUUGCCAAGGAUGGAAGCGGCAAAUUUAAAACCGUCACUGAUGCAGUCAGAGCGUACCCACCAAACCACCAAGGCAGAUACAUUAUCUAUAUCAAGGCCGGCGUUUAUAACGAGCAG